AUGGCAGACUAUCUCCCCUUGUGAGUCGUCUCUCACGGACCACUGUCACAGAUAGGUCCUAUGAGGAUGAUGAUGUUCAAUACGAGGGGUCGCAGGUACAGUGUAGCUACAUGCGCACGGGCUGACGCGUAUGCGUCGCGCGCGUGACACUACAAGGACGAGAUUCUGAGGCGAGCUAUACGAGACAGCUGCUGAUCCAGCUCUGCAAUCCCACCCUAAGGGUUCACUCUCUAGAUUUGUCUCCUCGGGCGAGAAGAUUGAAGCCGAGAUGCAGGGCUCGCCGUCUAAUUUGGUCUCGAUUGCUAAGAAACCAGCACACGAUGUUCCACCCAAUCAGCACAGCUUCCUUGAACACGAGGGCGUCCGAUAUCCUAGUCCGGAGCGCAAGGAAUACCAAGAAGAAUUUCGCCGUGUCUACACUCCGCCACUGACAGCAGACUCUGAGAGGGUGCAAGCUUACUACGAGGACCUCAAAAAGAAAAUGACCAAGAGUGGUGCUUGGGGUACGCCUCGUAUCAAACACGCGCUCGGGUAUGCCCCGUGAGUGAGGCUUGCGCUCUCGAGAGGAAAAAAGCAAGGCGGACGGUACUGAGCUCUCUUGACCCAUCGACGUCGCAUUGCCCCUUUACAGCGAGCUGCACACGGGCUUCAUGCAUGGGCGGGUGCAUGAGAUAGCUUCGAAGCGAAUCUUGGACGAGCAUAGCGACAUCAUCAAGGGCGGUGGCUCUGGCCUUCGCAGUCGAGCACUGUCUGAGAAGCUCGUCGACGUGAGUGUUGUUGGUGCGAAUAAAUGCCUGCGAAGGGCGCUAUUCUAGCUUCGAUGGGUCGUCGCGCACGUAACAGUGGCUGUGUUGACUGUUCCCUUUCUCUACAGCCUCGCACUGCUCUCCGACCACUCAGCCAACGCGCGCUAGUCAAGCGUGAGCUUGCGCAGAUCUUAUCCUUUGCCAAGAAGCCCGCAAAGGGCAUCCCGGAAAUCGAGCACAGCUUGCUUGGUCAUGCCGGUCGACCUCCCUUGACGUUGAAGGAUCCGGAAAUGGCGCACGCACAUAAUGAUCCUACCUGGGGAUACACCCCCCCCGCGACCAACGAAGAUGUGAACUUUUCUUACGAGCGCAUGAAGAACUUCAUGAAGCAACAGGGUGGUUGGGGUACACCCAGCUUUCACAAGAGUUUGGACGAGUUCAUGUGAGUUUCGUUGCCUGUUUUCUCGCCUUGACGAGGACUGACGAGGUGUCGGUCACGAACCCUCCAGCUUGGGCAUUGGAAAGUGGUUCGACGCUGGUCAACAAGCUCGCGAGAGAAUCAUCAAAGAGCAUUUGAGCAACAUCCACGCGGCUGGUCAGAUGCAUCCUCUGUCGCACAUGUAUCCCGAAACAAAUCCUCCAGUCAAGGGUGUCUCUGCUGCCUUGCGAAAGUUGAACGAGCCUUUGCACCGCCGAUCGGAUCAUACUGGUGGGGUAAGUGAUCAGGCGCUUAAAUAACGUGACGUACCCAGAGUCACCGCGGUAGACAUGAAAGGGAUGUAUGUAGGGUGCGGCGUAUCACGUAUCUUGGUCAGACUUGAGACCUAGAAGCUCUGAAUAAGAUUGCCGACCUCGGCUGGACACAUCUGACUGCUACCAGUCCCAUCUUGGUGACAGACACGUAGAAGUGCUCAAGUCAAAGAUAUUGGCAGAAUUUUCCAGAAGCGUAGCGUGGGCGUUGCGGUAAGUGAAAAGCCCAGCGGCUUCUGUUGACAGGCCGUCCUGAACAAGUGUUGAUGCGAGCUACGAUGCACUCACUUACUAUAGCAGUAUCGUUCACGGAAUCUAUUGCUCAGACGAGCGCCUCUCGGCUCGCGCCUGAGCAGAUUUCUGGAUGUUUUACCUCCGCGAAAGGCGAAAGUGACAUGUCUAGUGCGCAGAGGCAGUGCUUUCAGCUGCUUCGCACCUUCGACGCCAAGGCGGUCGUCCUCACCGGUCCACACCACUCAAGCCGAGACAGGCUCGCCCCCACCACGCGUGCACGGUCGAAAAAGCAGGUUCAACUGGUCCUCACCUCCUCUUGAAGUUAGGCAAGAGAUGGAGACGAUGACGGGCAUCGAGGCCAGGCGAUGGUACAUAAACGAAGAAUCUAGAAGAGCUCGCGCUUGGCAGACCAGCAAGGAACGCAAAAAGGGCCUUUGGGGUGGGCGCAAGCGUGUCGAGUUCAACGUUGCUCAGUCCGAGUCGGUCGUCAAUUGGUUGGGACCUCAAAAGCAUCCCGAUCGUGAGAUUUGGCAGAGACCUAAUGCGAGCGAGGAAAUCGGCGAGUCUUCGCAUCCCUGA